AGCGGCGGACCGUGCCAUUGGUCUGUUUCGACGGCGUUGCUUGGUGUUGUCAAUGCAGCGACACACAGCUGACCCCGGCAUGGGGAAGCGCCACAAGGGCUCAUCUUCAAGCCCAAUGUUACCGCGGAAAUGACACGACCCCUUCAUGGCUAUUAUAAGUGCCGCCGCAAUCGAGAUUACCAAAAAAAAUUGGGUUGCUGACCUUCCAUCCCGUGCGAAGGUAACCUUUUUGAAAGUUCUCAAGCAUCCUUCGCAUGUCAAUCAUGGCCCCGCCCGAAGUUGCAACGACGAUUCGGUACCGCCCACUGGACCGGUCCGGAAACGAGGUGCGCUUGCUCGAGCUGCAGCCGCCGACGACCAACGACAUCAGCGAACGCGUCGUGUGCCGUCUGGUGCACGAGAAGCUAAGCGAUGCGUCCAACUUCAUCGGCCUCUCGGCACUAUACGGCGAUAUCAACGCCACCGAGACGAUCCUCCUAAACGGCGCCAGCAUAACUAUUCCAGUCCACCUCGCCCAGGCGCUGCAGUACAUGCGAGUCGUGUUCCUGGCGGCUUCGCUCCCAACUCCUGAUGCUUCGACCACUGAUCUCCCGGGCCCGGCGUCGAUGCCACCGCCGCUGCCCACGCCGCCAAAGAAGGCCCCUGGCUGGCUGCGGUCUCUCCUGAAGGGCGUUCGACAGAUGCUCGCUGAGCCAGGCGCGCCGAAAGGAGGCACACCGCCUCUACGGAUAUGGCUCGAUCUCCUAUGUAUCAACCAACGAGACGCGCGUGAGGAGGCCGAAAGGCGGUCACACAUGGCGAAGGCGUACCACCACGCCAAGAUGGUGGUUGGCUGGCUGGGGCUCAAGGACUCGACGUCUGACCUCGCUAUUGAGAUCAUCAAAGCGUGGGACAAGGCGAUGCCUCGCACGUUUGGCGAGCCGGGCGACCGCGAGGCCCAUCCCGAGAACUAUGCCCCUAUUAUGAAGUGGAUGGCCCCGGUGGCGCACCUAAGCGACAUUCCCGAAGGCAUCAAAGACCCUCGGGACGUGCCGGCCUACGUGGCCAUCUCUGGAUUCCUCAACCGACCAUACUUUCGCAACUCUUGGAUCCUCGACGACAUGUCCAAGGCGCGGUUCCCAGCCUUUUUGCUGGGCGACGACAUCGUGUCUUGGAUGCAGAUCCUGCGGCUCAAUCGCGCCAACGAAGAGAUUAGAGACAAUGGGGCCGAAAUGUUUCCCGACGAACUUCGACCGCUGCUGGAGUAUCUGCCGCUGGGCAGCGUAUACGCCUUCUUGAAGGACUUUGACAAUCGGCAGAGGCUGGAGGGCGGUACGCCGGCGAUGCUUACCGCCACAAGCUCUAUUAGAAGCUCGUCAUCGAUGACGGGCAUACGGACAAGGUCAAGGCAAUAAAGCUUAAAAAAAAAAAAAAGAUCUUGUUUCUCUUUUUAUUUCUUUUUAUUUCUUUUUUACUUGACCCCUUUCUGUUUGGGAAAUCUUUUCUUCUUUUGGUAAACAUCGCGUGAUGAUGGUUGUUGCGGUAUCAUAAACAAAGGGCGUGAGAAAUUGGAAAUAAUUUUUUUUUUGUUUUUGAGAAUGAUAUCACCUGAGUUUAUAUAUAAAGGGAAUGUUAAAUGGGGAUUUAUUUUUUAUACUAUUCAUCUAUCUAAUACCAGACAAGAUAGUUUCUUCGGCGUGUUGUUGUUGCCUUGGUUUUUUUUUUAAUUUUGUAUUGUUUUUGUUAUGUGGAGAGAGAUAGGGGGUACGGUCAUAAUGUGCGAUGUAAUGGCUCCAGGUUGCCAGUUCGGAUAGGCCUGCCGCAAGGCAUACGCGUGGCAUUCAUUAUGAUGAGCUUUAAGAUUUCUCACUGUACAAUAUAUCGG